AUGGUUACAUUUGCUUAUUUAUCAUUUAUGAAUAGUUUUAAUGAACAACAAACAAGACAACACCAUUCUAGUCCAUACACCUUUCGUAUUUAUAAAAAUAAUCCUAGCAAAAGAAAUGGGCCUAUCUUUUUUAUGCACCAUGGUGCUGGAUCUUCUGCUUUAACAUUUGGUUUAGUAGCAAAACAUAUCAAAGACUUGACUCAAGGAGAAUGUGGUGUUAUUGCUUUUGAUUGUCGUGGUCAUGGUGCAUCUAAAACGACUGUUUUCGAUAGCGAUUUUUCUUUAGAUACAUUAACCAUGGAUUUGAUGCAUAUUAUAAAAGAAACGAUUCAUGAGGAUCAGGAUAUUAUUCUUGUUGGCCAUAGUAUGGGUGGCUCUGUUGUUGCUAACACAGCUUAUCAAAAAAAGAUAAAAAAUAUUACAGGAAUUGCUAUACUAGAUGUUGUUGAAGGCUCUGCUAUGGAUGCAUUGACGUCUAUGACUAAAGUUUUACAUUCAAGACCAAAGACAUUUGAUUCAUAUGAACAAGCAAUUGAAUGGAGUCUUCGGACAGAUACUGUACGUUGCAAGGAGUCUGCGUCUCUUUCUAUCCCAGCAUUACUUGAACCUACUUCAAGUAAUAAAUUGAAAUGGAUUACGGAUUUAAUAAAGACACAGCCUUUUUGGUCUGAAUGGUUUCAAGGAUUAAGCGAAAAGUUUUUAAAUUCAGGCACUGCAAAAUUGUUGUUAUUAGCGGGAACAGAUAGAUUAGAUAAACCAUUAACUAUAGCUCAAAUGCAAGGUAAAUUUCAAUUAAAUAUCUUUCCUGAUGCAGGUCAUUUUUUGCAGGAGGAUGCAUCUUUAAAGACUGCAAGUUGUUUAGUAGAAUUCUGGAAAAGAAACCAACGUUUAGUUUUACCUCCUAAAGUUAAAGUAUAA